AUCGCGAUCUAUUAAAUUCUCUUAAUUAUUCUUUAUUUCACGCAAUAAACCAUUUUAAAUAUUUGUACUGUGUAACCACUUAAAAGUAAAUAUGUUGUAAGAUUUCGAUUAAUUCAAUUAAAAUAUUAUUUUUCCAAAAGUAACAAGACGAAUUUGAAGAAAUGUCAGAAUUGGGAGAUUCCGAACUUUCGCUACAAAAACAAACUGAAAAUGUCGAUGAAAACAAAAUCAAUGCCAAUAAUUCAAAUCAUGAACCUCCUCCCAAAAAACAUAGCAGCGUUGUAGCAGCACACUACAACCAUCUGGAAGAAAAAGGUCUAAAAGAACGAUACAAUUCCCCAAUAUUUCACUUAAGGAAUUUCAACAACUGGGUGAAAAGUGUUCUAAUCCAAGAAUUCACAGAUAAAAUACGCGAAAAAGACUACGGCCGUCCGCUCCGUAUUUUAGACAUCUGCUGUGGAAAAGGUGGAGAUCUAAGUAAAUGGCAAAAAGUUCGGCCGGAACAUGCAAUUUUCGCUGACAUAGCUGAGGUUUCCGUUCAGCAAUGCGAAACUCGUUACGAAGAACUUCGUAGGAGAUGCGGUCGGCUCUUUUCAGCCGAAUUCAUUGCUACGGAUUGUACAAAAGACACACUUAGAGAUAAAUACAAAGAUCCAUCAAUCAGUUUUGAUAUAGUUAGCUGUCAAUUUGGAUUACAUUAUAGUUUUGAAAGCUUACCACAAGCAAGAAGAAUGUUGACCAACAUUUCUGAAUGUCUAAAGCCUGGGGGCUAUUUUUUUGGCACAAUUCCGAAUGCUAACGAGAUUGUUUCAAGGGCACAGAAGACCCAAGAUUACGCAUUUGGUAACAGGAUUUACAAUAUAAAACUACUGUUUGAUCCCAAAGAUGGCUAUCCGCUUUUUGGAGCUAAAUAUGACUUUCACUUGGAAGGUGUGGUAGACUGUCCAGAGUUCUUAGUCAAUUUUGAGCUGUUUAAGAAAUUAGCUUCAGAAUAUGGCUUGGAAUUAGUUUAUAAAGCAGGCUUUGAUCAUUUUUAUAAGGACCACUGGGAAAAUCACAAACAGCUGUUUCAAAGGAUAAUGUGUUUUGAGACUUAUCCAGCGCCAAAUGGUAAAACCCUUAUGGGUGAAGAGUCUGAAUAUGAGCACGCAAAAAAAUACUGGGACAGUAAAGAGUAUAAGGCUGACCAAAAUUGUAUCGGCACCAUGAGUAUAUGUGAAUGGGAGGUUGCUACAAUAUACAUGGCCUUUGCAUUUAAGAAAUUGAAAUGCACUCAGUGGAGUUCUGAUGGGAAGCCAACUUAUACAGUUUCCAAAGAAACUAAUCAGUCAACUAGUAAGCAAUGACAUUGAGAUGUUAAGAGACUGAAAUUAUUGUUAUAAGAAUGUAAAGAAUGAUAUAGAAGAAACUUUAUAAUUUUAAGAUAUUUACAAAAAAUAUGAUAUGUUAAAUGAAAUAUAUUUUGUUGUCUUUAAAAGUGCAUAAUGAAAUUAGGGAUCAAUGCAGUAUUAGCAGAUCUUGAAAAUUGUCAAGUAUAUAUACAUUUUUAACUUUUAUUUAAUUAAAUACAAAUGUAACUUUUCAAGAAUUAAAU